CAUGACUUUCCUUUCGUUCACCUAAGAACGACCUACUGUUAUUAAUAGUAUGUUUAACACACACUUGAGAUCGUUCAAAUGGAAUUAACUUCGCCUAUCAACCCAAUAAAUCAAAUCAAUGGAAUAAAUAUGGGUGAUUGGCCAGGAAGCUUGGUUCUAGUUUGUUGAUCAUUGGAUGUCCAGAAGUCACCUUGAGGCCAUUGGUACUUGGGCAGGCCAGUGUUGGAUAAGGAUGUGCAGGAUGGAGGCAGAAAGCUAGCCUCAUAAUGGCUUCCAUGACUGUCAUUGGCACAACUCUGGGCUUCAUGUUGACAAAUGCCAAUAACAGACUCCAAAGGCACUCAAAAUCUUCAAAUCGAGAUACCUAAAGCUUUCUCAUACCUGCUCCAUGGAAGUAAUUGAAUACACCUGACUCAUCAGAAACUGGAGCUGCACUUCUGCACACCUUUGAGCAGCAGUAUGAUGCAGGCAGGAGUCUGUCUGAGACAGGACACUGAGACAACACUAGCAGAGCUCACUGAGCAGCACAGGAUCAGACUGAAAGAAGAGUAACUCAGUGGACUGGAGUCUGUCCACAUGGCAGAGUCAGAGACUGAGUGUACUACACCAGGACUCAACACACUGGAGCCAGAGUGUGUUACAGCACACAGUGGGGUCAGUGCUGUACACCACACUGACUCACCAUUGAUAAAAACAGAACCUGAUCUGGGUCCCACCAACACUGGGGAUCUUAUUAAGACAGAGAGCCUAGACUUUACAGAGCUGGCAUAUAGAAUCCAUCUGCACCCUGACCAAAUCAAAACAGAGACUGAUGAUGAAGCCUACAUUAAGGCCAAACACAUCAGUGUCCUGCAGGACAUUAAAUGUGAUGUUAUUACAUCUGAUGAAGUGAACCCUGUGCUUAAUGAAGCUGGUGUUGUUCACAAAGACCAGACUGAACCAUGGCAGUGUGCAGGAGAGCCAAAUCCACACUGCAGGAAACCAGGGAAAGAACAGGACCAUUCCACCCAGCAUGUGAGAUGCCUUAAUGAGCCAUCAGAGUUAAUCCAAGACAAGGGAAACCGUAAUUGUGAAAAGCCCCACCAAUGCUCCCUGUGUGGGAAGCAUUUUCUUCAUGAAUCUAAUUUAACUAAGCACCAGAUAAUUCAUACAGGUGAAAAACCUUACAAGUGUGAUCAGUGCGGCAAGUGUUCAGCUAAAUCUUAUUUAAUCUUGUUUAAAUUUAAAUCUUAUUUAAGCCAACAUCAGAGAAUCCAUACUGGUGACAAGCCCUUCAAAUGUACGCAGUGUGGGAAGUGUUUUAUUCAUAAUCAGCAAUUCAUUGUCCAUGAGAGAAUUCAUACUGGUGAAAAGCCCUACAAAUGUACUCAAUGUGAGAAGUGUUAUUCAGAUCAUUCUAGUUUCAUAAGACAUCAGAGAAUUCAUACUGGUGAAAAGCCAUACAAGUGUACUCAGUGUGAGAAGUGUUUUUCAAAAAUAACUACUUUAGUAAUACAUCUGAGAAUUCAUACCGGUGAAAAGCCCUACACAUGUACUCAGUGUGAGAAGUGUUUUUCAGAUCAUUCUAGUUUCAUAAGACAUCAGAGAAUUCAUACCGGUGAAAAGCCCUUCACAUGUACGCAGUGUGGGAAGUGUUUUUCAGAUCAAUCAGGUUUAAUAAGACAUCAGGCAGGUCAUACCAGUGAAAAGCCCAACAAAUGUGAUGUGUGAGAAGUGUUUUCUUCAGAAAAAUAAUUUAAAUAAGCAUCAGAGAAUUCAUACAGGUAAAAAGCCUGACGCAGACGAUCAGUGUGGGAAGUGUUUUUUAAGGAAAUCUAAUUCAAGCUAACAUCAGAAAAUUCAUACAGGUGAAAAGCCUUACACAUGUACUAAGUGUGGGAAGUGUUUCACAUGUACAUCUAAUUUAAGGAGGCACAGGAAAAUUUAUACAGGUGAAAACACCUACAGAUGUUCAGUGUGAGAAGAUUUGGACAGGUGAACAGUCGAAUUUGGAAGAUCUAAUUUAAGGAAACUCUGGACAGUUUAUGCAGAUGAAAAUUCCUUUGCACAUUCCUGCCCCUCCAAAUAUCACCUGAUACAAACAGAGUGAAAUUGUACAAUUCAGACUUAAAAAAUAACAUUUUCAGAAGGAAAAUUAUUUUCCGCAAAGCCUCGGAUAAAUGCUCCUGAGCUACUACAAGACUGGCUCUCCUGCCUGCAUGUCGUAUCGGAAAGCUCCACUGUAAUGAAAUGUAUUAUGCCCUGCAACUUUGAUCACAAACCUUUCUUGUUUUCUAGUCAAUCUGGAACCAAUAUUGAUCGUGAAAUUGAUAGCUGCCACCUUUUAGUAUUUCCUGCCCAGAGAUGAUGGAUGAAAAUUUACUAUUUACUGGAGCCACUAGUACCGUUGAGUGGCUGAACUGUCCUUGUCAAAUAAACUAUGUUUUGGACAGCUAGUUGACUGGGACAAA